AUGCCGGAAGACCAAGAAGGAAACUCUGAUACCCCUGGCCAAGAGCGCAGAUCCGUUUCUCAUUCUUCCAAUGAAGAUGAAGCCAGUUUCGAUCAGCCUCAAAAUACACCCCACCCGGUCUCAGACUACAUGUCUGACCUUGACAUGCAGCUGGGUCAAGGGCGCACCACAGGUAGCAACAGAAGGGGAGAAUGGUCAACGCCUAUAGAUCCUUUUGCUGGGAUUGAGUCUUACAUUGCGGCCUCUGAUGAUUCUCAAGGCCUAACAGCAACAAGUGGAGGUCCGUCUGCACACGACCUGCCGCUGCUUCUUUCCCCAGCUCUACCACAAGCAGUGGAAGACCUCUUGGAAGAAGCACGCACUCUGGUUGAGGACGCCAACAGAUCUUCAGCAGCCGCAACAGCCCCCAGUGAAAGACUCGGUGUCUCAAGGACCGCACAUCGACGCGCUGGUAGUGAUAUCCGCUGGGGACCGUAUACUCGCAGUAGCUCUGCUGCUACUUCUAGAGAGCCAAGUGUCACCGAUAGAAAUCAUGGUGGACGUCCACUCAGAGUGGUAGAAACAUAUGGUAGUAGUAGCAGACCGGUGACGCCUCCUGUUACCUCUCUCGAGAUGGGAGUCGAGGCAUAUCCGAACCCGCCGAGAUCCACAGACACCAUGACAGGUGCUGAGCUAAGCUACUUGUCGGACAGCGAAUCCUCCUCAGAGGAAAAUUGA